UACGAUACUCUUUGUGUUAUAAACUCCCUGGGGACGGCUGUACGGGUCCAGGAACAUGUGAGGAGAGCAGGGGGAGUGAUGGGGAGUGUCUGGUAUGGUGCGAUAACUUAACGAGACCGGCGUGUGUUGAGGCUAUUUAAUAAUUUUUUGAAGUAGUCUCCCGGCUGCUUUGGUGCAGUCAAAUAGUUGAAAAUAAGUUUCACGUUAUACAAUACAAUGCUUUGUAGAUGUUAUAUAACCCUAAAGGAAAACCUUUUUAACCAAGCGUUGUUUUAGUUUUACUACUAUUAUUGUUAAUAUACAGUAGAUUGCAUAAAAGAAUUCAAGCUGAAAGGCCUUUCGUUCUUUUGAUGCCCAUACGAUAAUUCGUUUUUGCUGUUUGCUCUGUUUUGGAGGAUCCUUAAUUUAUUAUUUAACCUCAUUCACUUUCAUGGGUUAAGUUGACCAAUUGGAGAAAUCAGUAGUUAUAAUUUUUUUCAUACUUCAAGAAAAAUGAUACGACGUAUGGCAGGAUGUUCCACCUGGCGAAUGUGGGCUUCUUCCAGUACUUGUAUCCGAUUAGCAAGUAGUACAUCACCCAUAUCACCUCAGCAAUUCAAUGUUACUACCCUCAAGUCAGAAGAAAAGAAUGCUGAGGAGUCAGAUUCCACACAUUCCAGUUUAAAAUCUGGUACAUCCAAGCACAACACCAUAAAUGGAAAGAAACAAAAAAUAUCAUUAGUUACAGCAGCCUUCAAUUCAUUACAUAAUCAGAAAGCAACAAAUGUUGAAGAAUCGCUGCAGUCAGCAAAAACUGUGGAAGAUGUGUUAUCUGCUUCUGAGACACAAACAUUUUCCCAGUAUCAAGCUUUGCAAGCAUUAUCAGUAUUAGCUGAAUGGACUACACAAAAGAAGAUCAAAAUGCAUGAAUUUGAAAGUGACCCAAGAUUUGUUAAUUUAUGCAAAUUGAUAGGACCAAAACCACCAAAGAAUGUUAACAAUAUUACUGAUUUGGGAGAUCUUGGAGUUGUUCUAAGUGUGACUGGAGAAGAUCAGGCUGCAAAAAUGAUAUCAGGAAUAUCUUUCUUGCAGAAAAUUCGAGUCUUGUCAUCUCUAGCCCUCAAGAAGCGUCGAUCACUUCAUUUGUUAAGAGCACUUGCUGCAAACAUAAGCAACAGCUCUGAAAACUUCGACAUAAAACAAGCUGCUGAUGUUUUGUAUGCGAUGGCAGUUCUGAACUUUCCUGACAAAUUAUUAUUGAACAAAGCAGUUAAUGAUAUAUGUAAAUGCCUGCCUGAUAAUACGAGACCAGCAGUCGUGGGUUCAAUUCUCACAAGUGUAGGCAUUCUCAAAUACAAAAAUAAAGCUUUGCUUGAUGAAUUAUCAAACUGGGUGAAGGACAACAUCAGUAGGUGUCGUGAACAAGACAUCGUAUCAUUACUUUUGACAUUGGCAUCUGUCAACUAUCAACCUCAGAUUGCUGCUAAUCUUUAUAAAAUAAUUCUACCUGCCCUUGAAUCUUCUAGUGUGCCACCUCUUGUGUGGCUUGAUGUUGUAUGGGCUCUCAGUGUUCUGAAUGUUGUAGAUAAUAAGAAUCUACAGUCAGUACUUGUUCCUGAAUUUCUCGAGAAACUGUCUCAUACUGGAUAUAUUACAAAUAUUCCUGCACCAGCUCGACUAAAAUUAUUGAAUAUUAAUGCUGUGGCAGAGUUAGUAGUAAAAGAUUAUAAAGGACCUUUGUUAGCUGAUUCUUCUAGCUUGCAAUUUCCUUUGCAACGCUCUCGGGAGAAACAGAUUCUGGUUGACUCAGUUGUAGAUUCACUGACAAAUUUACUACCAAAACCAACAUAUCUGCGAACUAAUAUUAAUUCUGGUCAUGGAUUUCUUAUAGAUGGGGAAUGUGUUGUGGAUGACAAAUGCAAUCCAUUACCUGUGGAAAAUCCAUCUCCGGAAUCAACAGCUAAAAGAAAAAGGAUUGCAGUGCUUGUUUGUGAUUAUCAUGACAUGUGUAAGGAAUGUGAGGAAGUUUCUGGCCCUGUUGCUUUGCAGAUCCGGAUACUGGAGCAUCUUGGAUACUCAGUAAUGACUGUGACACAUUUAGAAUUUAAACCUAGGGACAAAUUAGUUUCCAGAGUUAAAUAUUUAGAAAAGAAAUUGAAGAAAUUAGCUGCACACUGACUAUAAUGUUAACCUCUAUGUUUGAUUUGUAAUGUAGUAACUAAUAAAAUGUUUUUUCUUGGUUCUAAACAUUGGCUGUGAUGUUAUGUACAUCAAGGUUUAUUUUUUAUUAUAAAUAUUGAUUUGUAAAUAGUUUUCUGCAUCAGUACUUUUAGUAAUAUUAUAUUCAAAUGCAGUUGUGAAAAGUUUUGUUAAUAGUUACCUAAUUGUUCCUUAAACGUGAUUUUAACCCAAUUCCCUGUACUCACAGUAUUGUGUAGUUGUUCUAAAUUAAAAAUGUGAAUAAAGAAGAAUUGAAGACAAUGAUUCCAAUUAAUGAUAGAAGAGUUUUAAUUUAUUGUAGAAGCCAAGAUUAUGGAUGCAAAGCUCAGUUGUUCAAUCUUUAAGAACCCUAUCUUCAUUGAGUACAAAUAAGACCAGCUUUGACAUUUCAACAGUAGGUUGCAAGAAAACUGCCUUGUAACUUUGUUUCCCCAUUUUUAAUUACCGAAACUUUAAAACAAUUUCACUUGGUUAACUGUUUCUUCUUGAAGAUAAAAAUAUGAAAAUUAUAUAUUUCAAGCUCCUUAGAAGAUCUUCAAUGAAGUUGAAUGUCUCCUCUAUCUUCUGGACAUUCUCUGGCUAGAUCAUAUAAUAUCUGUUGUAGAUGGGUUUGUGAAUUCGGUGACAAGAUUGUUACAAAAUGGAAAAAACAGAACAAUACCAAGGGGAAUAUUUUUCAGAGAAAUAUUGUUGGAAGUAUUCCAAAUAACCAAAAUCAAUAACUUAAGAAAAUAAUAUUACCGGAGAUUAAUACACCAGACCAGGCCUACACAACUCUUAGUCAUUGUUGUUGUUUUUUUAUUUUGUUUUGCAUUUUCACUGGUGUGCGAGCCGCUUUAUUGCAAAUGUUGGAAGGGUGGGGAUGAGAUUCAUUCCGGGAGUGUGGACCACAAAUGAGAAUGCGCAAACAAACUGUAGAGCGUAUAUUGAGAGAGCAAUUGGCGAUAACAUGACGAUUUGUUGAAUACAGUUCAAGUACUAUUGCAUUUUGUAUGGUAUUGGAAAUGGUGGUUGUUGAUGUCAAUAUGACUCAUGAAUCUAAAAUGUACUAGACAUAUAUUUGAUUUGAACACCAAGAAUUAUAGGUGCUUGUAGGGUUGAUAAUAUAAUUUGCUGUGAAAUAAUGUUACUCUCAGGGAAUCAUGCAUUGUGCAGGCUUGC